CAGGCGCUCUGAUCUCCCAUGAUCCACCGCGGCGGAAUAGAAAGCGGCGAGCCGGCUAUAGGCGGAGCAAUCCUUGCUGCCGAUUGGCUGUUAAGUGUCUGCUGUCUGUGCCUUGGUAACGGUUGCCAUGGUUACCGCAAACGCCGCUCCAGACCAUAAAUCCUGGUGGCGUGUUGUACGGAUUGUACCCCAGGAGCGGUCAUGACGUCAUACCCCCAGGCCCCGCGCAGGACCGGGGUCCCCCGAGAAGUGAUAAGAUGGCUGCAGAGCCUGGACCUGAGCUUCUGCCCCAAAAACUUCCGCAGGUAUCAGACAGGAAGGCAGAAACGUAGUACCAGAACAGCAGGGUGGGCCAACAGGGAGAGCCUCAGCUAUGGCAGAACUACAACUCCCUUGAUGCUUUGUAAACAUUCAAUGAUUUGAACUGGAUCUCUUAUUAGCCAACUCAGUAUUACAAUGAUGGUCACUGUGGGACACAUAACUCCCAGUACGCUCAGCCAGCUGUGCAUUGUGUGAAAUGUAUUCCACAAUAUUUAACUUCUACCUAUAGCACCACAAACUCAUGUCAUUUAAAAAAAAAAAAAAAUCGUUUUGUGUGUGUGUGUAUUUAGGGUUUUUGUUUAAUAGUUUUUUAGUUUUUGUUCUUUUGUUAUCCUUCCAUCUGCUGGUAGCCCAUCUGUUAAAGGACCAUUAUAGGCACAGAGACCACUUCAGUUCAAUGAAUCAAUUAACCCCUUUAGCCGUGGGGGAGGGGGAACACCUCAUAACUGUAAAACAGGUUUGUUUUCCUAGCACUAUAGGGCUCCUUUAAAGCGGCUUUGUCACCUUCUGGGGUCUUUCCAUAUUUCGCAAUGAACCCAGAUAGUGACAUUGCUGUGUGGGUAACUGUGUGCCUGAUUUUAUACCUUUGUUGUAGCCAUUUUUGCUCUUAUGGAGGAGACUGCAGGAGCCUCCAUUUGGUAUUGACUCGCAGGAAGCAAGACAAAACAUAAUUCCCACAGCUAUCGCUAGAGACGGAAGUGGCAAAAACUGACCGCAGUAGUUUAACCUUUUGCCUAGUUAGGCAUUUACCAUUAGUCCUAACUUUGUAGUGGGAUAAAUUGUGAAUGCAAUGGAAUGUAAGUGAAAUUCCAACAGCCUUUAUUUUUAAAUAUUUUUUAUUUUUAUUAAAUAUUCACAUUUUGGGGGAGGUGACAGAGCCACUUUAAUUUUGCUGUUGUGUAAAUUUGUUUUUAGAGACCUUUGCAAUGGAUACAUCGCUGCUGAAAUCUUCUUUUGGUAUUACCCAGAAGAUAUCACAUUACAUUCCUACGAAAAUGGAACUUCCCUGGCUACCAAAUUAAGCAACUGGUCCCAGCUAGAAAAGGUGCACAAUUUAUUUAUUAUUAAUACUUAUUUAUUUUAACUACAUCUCUUCAUACUGUGCAAUGUGGCUUACUGAAGUCCACUCAACAUGAAAAUAGUAGAGAAUUCAAUUGAAAAAUUAGGCCAGUAUAACCGAGAUGGAAAAUAAUUCAAUGACAUUUUUUUUAAAUUUAAUUUUAGCCAAAACAGUUUAGUUUGCUUGUUAGUUUUCCAAAGUUAAUGUAAAUAAAUCAGACUGUGUUCCUAAGUGCCAGGGACUUUCAAACAAAUAUGUAAUUAUAUUGUCAUCAUGUCUCCCCAAUCACUCGAGCCAUAUGCGGUCCCACAGCUGUUAGUGGACUUUAGUUCUUUAUUUAUGUGCCAGGUAACAGAGUUCAGUGCCCUGUAAUAAUCAGAUAAAAUAUAUCUUACAAGUAUGAACUUCAGACAUUUUGUAGAUUACUUAACUGUUUCAUGCUAAAAUACAGUAUACUUUGUUUAUGUUAAACUGAGGCAUACCUUGGGUACCUUGCAACUGAGGUGGACUUGUCACUGGGUGAUCUGUCCCAGUGGUAUUUUAAAAUUUAAAGGGACAUUUCAAGCACCAUGGCCUGCAACAAUUACAGAAGUCCUUAUGGUACAAGGAAGCUAUAUAUAUAUCAAAAACAUUGUGUCACUAGUAUCCAAAUCCUUUGGUUGGAACAGCAUGAUUUGUAUCUCUCUUCCCCAUCGGAAACAAAAAGUGCUAUACACUCAUUAGACGGUUACUCUAAGCACCAUCACCACUUCAGUGAUUUGAAUACUUCAGCCAUUCAAUGGCAGUUGGAUCAGCUCUGCAGUUGUCAAAUACAUUACCAGUGCUGGAAAAACCUUCAGAAAGCGAUAGGCCCAAAAAAUCACUUCGUCAAAUUUCCAGGUAUGAUGACUCAAAUGGUCAUGCCCCAUGUCCUGCCCUGUAACUUCCCAAAAUACCAUAAAACCUAUACAUGAGUGUACUGAUGUACUCGUGAAACAUUGCAGAACACAAAUAUGAGUGUUUUAGGGCAGGAAAAUGUAUAAAGACAAUAUCUUCCGUGAAAGUCCAGUUUUUGUGUGAAAUAUGGCAAAAAACAAAUUGUUACAAAACCUGGCCAAAAUUAGUGUUCAUAAGUUGCUACUAAAAAAGACUGGACAUUCCCCAUUUUGAAUAACCUGAGCUGUCUACUUUUGAGAAUGGUAUACCAGACAUCCCAAGUCUUCCAGUAGGUCCGGGAAACUCCCGUAUUUGUAGUGAGACUCCCUGACACCCUCAAGCAUUAAACAAUUUCAUGGAAAUCACAUACACAAUCUGAUAUAAUAUAUAUAUAUAUAUAUAUAUAUAUAUAUAUAUAUAUAUAUAUAUAUAUAUAUAUAUAUAUAUAUAUAUAUAUAUAUAUAAAAUAUAUGCCAAAUGCCCUCAGUAUAUUAAGGGCAUUUAGCAUAUAUUAAGAAACCCUCCAUUAAUAUUAUUUCUGAGAAGGGGCCUGGUCGGGUGCCUGGCCCUUUAAGAGCCAGACUGGCCCCUGCAGUAUCUGCUGGCUGGGAGAAAGUGAAGGAACAGCCUGUCACUUCCUCCCAGCUAAAAAGACAGCCGAGCGGGAGGGAGUAGGCUGGAGGAAGCUAAAGCACACAGGCAGCAUGGAGGCAAGGAAAAGCUGGAGUGAGAUACAUGCUCAUUCCCAUCAGCCUCAGCCAGGACACAAGGUAACCUAAGGGUGGCUGCAGGUCAAAUUGUAAUGCCGUGUGUGUGUUUCUGUUUCUGAGUGAGUGAAUGUGCCAGUGAGUGUGUGUCAGUGUGUAUAUAGGCAAGUGUGUAGCUGAGUGAGUGAGUGUGCAUGCAUGCGUGAGUGGCAGUGUACAUGUGGGGUGUGCAGUUACUGGUGAAGCCACCUCCCUGAAAUGAGCUUUUGCAAGUUGGGAUAUCUGGUAUGCCAUGAUGGCUGCCAUAUGGUCUGAAAGGCAACAUAUGCCCAUCAAACUAAUCUGGCAAAUGUCAGUGUGUAAGAACUGAAAUGGGCCAGCCCUACAUUGGACUCUGUAACUUUAUAAAUCCUCAUAAAACCUGUACUCCCCCCUUCCUCUUGGUACUUUUUAGUGUAAACCAUAUUGCUGUUUCUUCGGCCAACGUCUCAGUUUGACUGAGCAGACUUCAACAUCCUAAUAAAAAUUUGCUCAGUAAACCUGAAACGCUGACUUACAUCAAUAAGAAGACAACCUUAGAUUUCAAAUAAUUUAAUGAUAUUUCAGAAUUCCUUACGGCACAAAAACAAAAACCUUGUGUCUUCAAGUAAACUUGUCAUGACAGAUAUAUACGUUUUCAGUCUUCUAGCCAUCUGGCUGGACUCCUGUUAUACAACUAAGUGUUUAUUCCCUUAACAAUGUGAAAAGCUCAUAUUUUCAUUAAUUUCCCUUUCAUCAUUUCCUGCUUAGACCAUCAAUCUUGUUUCAGUGGGUGUUACACUUGUUGUAAGACACAUUUCCUGCAUAUCCCUGUUUGUAAAGCACAGACUUUCCUUCCUGCUGCAAUCCUCUUCUCAGUGGUCUUACGUGCUCCAAACUUGCCCCAUUGCAGUCUAUAAUGAAUGCGGCGGUGAAGCUCAUCUUCCUAUCCGCCCGCACGUCCCAUGCCUCACCCCUCUGUCAGUCCAUGCUUUGGCUUACCGUAAGAAAUAGGGCUCAAUAUAAAAUUCUGGUUCUUGCUUUCAAAUCUCUACAUAAUACUACUCCCAACUGACUAUCCUCCCUAAUACACAAGUAUGUUCCGUCUUGGUCCCUAUGCUCUGCCAAAGACCUGCGUCUAUCCUCUGUUCGUACUCCCACUUCUGAUGCUCGCCUGCAAGACUUCUCUAGGGCUGCACCGUUCCUGUGGAACUCCCUUCCAUUUUCCGUUAGACGCUCACCCAGUCUCCACUCCUUCAAAAAAAUCAUUAAAAACUCCCUUUUUCACAAAAGCUUUAAUGGCUUUUAACUGAUUCCUCUCCUGCAACUGUCAUUAAAAUAACUCACACUAAGUCUUCAGUGAAUACUAUUCUAUGAAUCUACUUAAUCUCCCUAAUACUUCCAUUACCUUUUGUGUCACUUUACCCCACUCCUUCUAGUAUGUAAGCUCAUUGAGCAGGGCCCUCAAUCCCUUUGUUCCUGUGUGUCAAACUUGUAUGGUUACAAUUACAUGUUUGUUAGUCCACCCAUUGUACAGCGCUACAGAAUUUGUUGGCGCUAUAUAAAUAACAUAAUAACCGGUUAAAAGUUCCCAACACUUUAUGUUGGCUUUGUGUAAAUAAAACUUAUUUGUUCUCUCUCUCCAUUCUUAGAUUGUCUUCUAAAGUUGCUGCAAUAAAUCAUUCUUGCUCUUUCUCUCCUCUCUCACUGUUUGUUGCUGGUGCUGCUCUGACAUAGAACACGCCCCUCCCACAUACUUUCCCUUGCAGGAAUCUUGACAGUGAGCUGUAGUAAUUAUGGUGCUUGGACUGUUCCUUUUAAAUUCAGUGCAGUCAGUAACAAUGGCAGAUGAUGACUGUUUAUAUCUUUUGUGUGUGUGUGUGUGUGUGUGUGUGUGUGUAUAUAGGUAGGUAGGUAGGUAGAUAGGUUGUGUUUUUUUUUUUUUUUGAUACAGCCUUGUGUUAAUGCUUUGGGAGCUAUUUCAUACACUACAGAGCAUCAGUUUAAUAGAUUAAUAGAGCUUUAGAAGGUUAACCUGACUUUAGAGGUUGUUGAGUAACCUGUCAUAAUGAUUAAUGCAUUUAACUUUUGUUUUAUUGCAGUUUCUCUUGAAAAGAAGUUUGAAUAUUUCCAAAGAAUUAAUUGAUGGAACUAUGCAUUGCAAACCUGGUGCAGCAGAAUUAAUACUACAAGAUAUUUAUGUAAUGCUAACUAACAAACGGUGAGUGUUUUUAUUCUAUAUUACAGCAAUUGCUAUUCUUCUGAAUAUGUAGGAGCCUAGUUACUGGAGGGGAAUACAGAUGGCAAGCAGCAUUACAUUUCUAAAGAGAGAAGAAGUAUCCCUGUGUGCAGAUACAUUUUGCAUACCUACAAGAGAAUGGCUGAGGUGCCUGAGUCAGUUAGAAUACACAGUCGGAAAAAUGCAUAUUUUUGUUUAUUCUGUCAAGGUUUCAGUUUGAUUGUGCAAACUUUCUUCAACCAACGCCUCCAAGGCUCUGUUUAUGAGAGCCGGGACUGUGCUUCAUGGCUCUCGUACCCUACCAUACUGUGAUGCCAUGCACGCAUACGCAGUGCUGUCACAGUCGUACAUUGAGAAUCAUUGCAUGCAUUGAUUCUCUAUGGCGGAAUCGUAGGCGCAUCAUGCUUGGAUGAGGCUGCGGCAGCGCUAAGAAAGUUGGUGAGUAAAUAAUUUAUAUUCCUUUUUGCAGGCUAAGGGGUACUUAAACUAAGUAGGGACAUGGAUACUGUAGCAUUAAAAUACAGAUAUGUAUUCCUAAGUCUACAGUGUUCCUUUAAUUGUUACAGAAACUGUUAACGACAGUAGGAUAUCCAAGAACAACAAUACAGGAAUUUAUAUAAAGAGCCAUUCUAGAACAAAUGUCUAAAUGUAAAAAGUUGAAUAACAUACAUAAGCCAUGAAACAAGCCAGGACUUGAGUAAUAAUUGUAUCAAUAAUUUGUAACCUUUUAUUAUUCUAUAUUAAACGAACACUAGCCAGAUGAUUGUUCAAAACUGGAUAAACCAAUCUACAUAAUUCUUUCCUGGGUUAUGCUAAACCAUAUAUUUUCAGAAUCAAAACCGUACAGGACAAUGAAGUAGACUUUACGGACUGGUAUUAUCAAGAGGGUUUACCUAUGGUCGCAAGGUCAACAGCCACAAAAUCUGUAAAGAGCAAUAUUACUCUAAGUGAAAUUCUUGCAGAACCUGAUCUCAACAUAAAUAAGCAGAAGAUUCAAGCUCUGAUGGAAUUACAUGUGCAACACAGGCAGCAGGAAAGGAUUCUUGAUCCGAGUGAGUAUUUCUGUAAACGUGAAAAGAUUAGUAGGUGGGGAAAAAAAAAGGGGAUAUGUAACUGUUUCGUUUUUUUUUUUUUUUUUGCUAGAACGAUUUAAUGUAAAACCAACAAUGGGAGAACGUGCCAUUCGUCUUCCACCUUCAUGUGAACAAACAGAAGAUGAAGAUAACCUGUCAAAAAGAUCCUCCUCUUCUACUUCAAGUGAGUAUUUUAAACACAUCUAAACUGUGUAUGUAAAAAAUGUACCUAAAUGAAAGAUUAGCUAUGGAUGUACUGCUAUAUGUCCAUGUAAAAUCUAUUCACAACUCAUCUCCAUGAUCGUUCGUUGGCUCAUGAUUAUUAGUAUAGAUGUAGAAAUGCACAGCAUAAAUUUACACUAGACUCCAUAUUAAUUCCAUUGUUGUGCACAAUAAACAAUGUGGUGAAAUAUUCGGGCAAUAUCAGCCUGUUUUGGAGAAAAGGAAAAUAUAUGAGUUUGGACUUACAAUGUUUAAAAACAAUCUAAAUAUCUACCAGUGAUGCUUCUAUGGAACCAUUGAGUUACAUUGUCAGAAGUCAUUAAUUUGUGACACAGAAUGUUGCUUAGAAAGGAAUGAAACCCCUUGAUCGUUUAAUAAUUAAAAUGACCGCACAAGCCUUAACGCAGUCUACAUCCAUUACUCAUCAUUUCUGCGCAUGUGAUAACGAGUGAAUUAUGUGAAAACCGUAACAAACCGCAGUGGACAAAGCUGAAUUUGGCUAUAUUAGACAUCUGUAUCUCCCUCCUGCAAAAGUCGUUGUGGUGAAGACAAUGUGGUGAAGUGGCUCUGUCAUUUAUUUAUUUUUGAUCCGCCGGUAUUUUAAUGAUUAUUUCCACUUUCCUUUUCGUUAUAUUUUUGUGUUGCAUUUUGUUUCUCCUCAUUGUAGCAAUGGAUAACAAACAUUAGUGCAUUCCUUUUUUUUUUUUUUUUUUUUCUCCUUUUGAUUUUAUUUUUGUCAAUCGAAUGGCAUCUGGGGAUUUGCCCUUUAAGUUCUGACUUGUAAGGCUGGGUGUUGAGCUUUCAACCUUUCCUAUACAAUACAUAAAUAGAAUGUCUUCAGAAGUUGAUACUUUUUAUAACUUUGUAAUGGAAGUUUUUCCUUACUUUUAUAGGUACUUCAGAUAUCCGAAGCAAAACCAGUGUUCAGUUCAAAGAAAUUAAAGUCAAACAAGCAGAUAGAAGCUUUGUAUUAUCAAACGUAAGCUCACUGGCAUCUUCUUUAUCAUGAAGUUGUAAUAAGUGCCCAUAAAUAUCCACAUUGAAAUGCAAUUGUACUUGAGAUUUCAAUAAAUGGUGUUACUUUAAAUGUU